AUGGGCAACUGCAAUUGCCCAGUGGUCCCGAGAGAGAAGUUCACCAAACUUGACAAUCUUGCAGAAUGCGACGGCGACGCCAACGACGCCCUGUUCAGGGUGGGCAAUGCGGCCCGGGGGGCCUACGUGUGGCCCCCGCGCUCCAGCAGCGGCGGCAGCGACGUGGAGUCGGAGACGGAGGAGCCGAAGCCGGUGCUGAGGCCCCGACGAGGCGCCGUCUUCGCGGAGCAGAUGCAGAGCACAGGCUACUACAAGGAGCCCUACUGGAACAAGCAUGUUGCCUGGGAGAACCAGCUCUUUGUGGCGCUGUCGGCUUGCCCGAUCUUCCAGCAGUUCACGGAAGUGGAGAUCACAAAGUUUGUCCGGGCCAUGGAAAUCCACCUGCGCUAUGCCACCGAGCCACUCUGCACCGAGGGCGAAGCAGGGGACGGGCUCUUCGUGGUCCUCAUGGGCACCAUCUCCUGCUACAAGGGCGACACGCUCUGCACCAUCAAGCCUCCUGGCUCCCUGAUCGACGAGGCCUCCGUGCUGUACAGCUAUCCCCGGCCUUACAAGAUGAAGGCCCAGGGCGAGUGCGUAGUCGCCAAGCUUGCCCGUAAGGACUAUGUGGAUUUGGGAACCCGCUUUCAGUUCUAUGCGCGCGAGAAAUAUAAGAGCCUUCUGAUGGAGACCAAAGUGCUGGAAACCAUGCCGCCGGAGGGCAUCGCACGGAUCGCGGACACCUUGCAGAAGCGGACCUACAAACCCAAAGAGGACAUCAUCCGCCAGCAUGAAGAGGGCAAGGAGUUCUUCAUCAUGCUCUCGGGCGUGGCCCGGGUCUGGGUGCGGACGGGCAACGACGAGCAGGAGUACAAGCGCUACAAGGCCGGCGACCUCUUUGGCGAGCUGGCGCUGCUGAAGAAUGCCCCGCGGGCCGCUUUCGUCUCGGCGGUCACCAGCGUGGAGGUGCUGGCUCUAACGCGGAAGCAGUUCGAGAGGCUCUUUGGCCCCAUGACCGACCUGCAGCAGCAGCAGUACCUGACAGAUCCACGGAAGCUGAUCGCGGACUUCUACAUGGCCGGGGAUGCCCGGGGCCCCCGGGGCACCCUCCGGCUGAAGCAGCUGACGCCGUCCACGGACCAGGAGACCACCUGGUUCGCGGUGUAUCGUCCCACCAGCAAGGACGCCAUCGCCAAGAUGCUUUCCGGAGUGGCCGUGGGAAAGGGCUUGAACGUGAAGGGCAAGUCCGCGAAGAAAGGCGUCCUUUCGGGGUUCGUGCCUUUCAUCCAGAUCAGUGACAACGACCACCGCUCCAUCAUCGAGUCGUCCCCGCGGGAGUCUCGGGUGACCAUCUACUACAAGACCAAGGCUUCACGGCAGGAGGCGCAGAAGCUGCUGCAGGCCGGGCUGGAAGAUGGCAGCCUGGACAUCGAGGACCGGUCCAUCCGGUUGGUGGACGACUUCCAGCCCGAGAGCUGGGGUUUGGAUUUGCCGGAGCCCUUGAUCCGGGAGAUGUACAUCGUCCGCAGUGACCUGACCCCGGUGAUGGGCUGGGAGACGGGCCGGCGCUCGGAGCCUGCCUUCAUGGACAUGAACCUGCAUGCCAUCCGCGGCAAGUCCGAGCCGCAGGUGGUCCUGUAUCAGUACGAUGAGAGCGAUCCCAUGAACCCCCGCGGGCUGCUGAUUGCGUAUGCGGAAGCCCACGUGAAGCCCGUGGUCUCGGACUUCGACACCUUCACGGUGGGCAGCCGCGGGAUGCGCUACUCCAAGCUGCCAGCUGACCAAGCGAAGCUGAUCACAUGGCUGCUCCAACGGACCUCCGAGAUUUUGACAUCCUUAGACCACAACCCCUGGACCUCCCGCUGGCUCGAGGUCCUGAAGAAGGAGAACGAGAAGGAGGACGGCGUGCACCCGGAGCUGCCCAAGUUCGGCUUCGGAGACCCGACUUCGUACCAGCUCAUCGCAGAUGUUGUCGCCGAGACGGCACCUUGCGGCGCGGUGCGCCACGGCGCGGAGUGCAGCAACUUCUAUUUCCCGCAGGAGCUGGACGACGAGUUUCUGGUGGUUUGGCAUGGUUUCAACGAGAUGCACGGUAAACCCUGGGAUUACAAGGACGAGGGUGGCCUGCGGACGUUUCUGCUCGAGCGCAUCGCCGAGGGCUAUUCCUUUCCCUUGAACCCUGUCUGGCCCGUGCGGGACAAGGGCUGGUACGAGGUCUACCAGGCCCUGAGCGCCUCGGAGCACGGGGCCACGGACCUCCAGAGCUGGUUCCCUCCCGAGUUGGAGUACCCGAAGCUCAUCGAGCAGAUGCACCGGCAGUUCCCCGAAGGCUUCCGCCUCGUCCAGAAGUGA